AUGUUCAUCGCAUUGUUGAUGCCUGGUCCCCUGCUCCGACAAGCAAGAGGGACAAGGGCUUUAAACUCUACAUAUCGAGUUAUUUGCACAACUGAGGUUUCUAAUAAAGAUCAGAGCACAGGUGAAGUCACUGUCAGGGCAUUGUGCUACAGGUCCAUGAAGAAAGCAGAGAAACCUCACAGCUUGAGUGUAUGGUUAGGAGUUCCUGUUAGUCCAGAGGCCAGACAAGUCCAGACUCAGUUUGCAUGGGCCAUCAGUCCACUGACCACUCUGAGCAGUCCCACCAGUACCACCAGGAACCGAGGGGCCCUUUCCAACGACCCCACCCACGUCUCCGUACCCCCUUCCCCGGCCGAGAUACGACCCCGGGAACAUCGCCCCGUCAACCCGACCACCGUGCACCCGAGGCCGGCUUUGGACCCCGCGACGGACACCCUGGAGCUCGUACCCGGCGCACCGUUUGGUCCCUGCCAUCCCACUCUUAAGCACUCCCCCACCGGACUAAGCCCCAUCCUCCCGGCCCUUCUGGAGAACCAAACAGUUGGAGGGGCCCUUUCCAACGACCCCACCCACGUCUCCGUACCCCCUUCCCCGGCCGAGAUACGACCCCGGGAACAUCGCCCCGUCAACCCGACCACCGUGCACCCGAGGCCGGCUUUGGACCCCGCGACGGACACCCUGGAGCUCGUACCCGGCGCACCGUUUGGUCCCUGCCAUCCCACUCUUAAGCACUCCCCCACCGGACUAAGCCCCAUCCUCCCGGCCCUUCUGGAGAACCAAACAGUUGGAGGGGCCCUUUCCAACGACCCCACCCACGUCUCCGUACCCCCUUCCCCGGCCGAGAUACGACCCCGGGAACAUCGCCCCGUCAACCCGACCACCGUGCACCCGAGGCCGGCUUUGGACCCCGCGACGGACACCCUGGAGCUCGUACCCGGCGCACCGUUUGGUCCCUGCCAUCCCACUCUUAGGCACUCCCCCACCGGACUAAGCCCCAUCCUCCCGGCCCUUCUGGAGAACCAAACAGAGGGGCCCUUUCCAACGACCCCACCCACGUCUCCGUACCCCCUUUCCCCGGCCGAGAUACGACCCCGGGAACAUCGCCCCGUCAACCCGACCACCGUGCACCCGAGGCCGGCUUUGGACCCCGCGACGGACACCCUGGAGCUCGUACCCGGCGCACCGUUUGGUCCCUGCCAUCCCACUCUUAAGCACUCCCCCACCGGACUAAGCCCCAUCCUCCCGGCCCUUCUGGAGAACCAAACAGUUGGAGGGGCCCUUUCCAACGACCCCACCCACGUCUCCGUACCCCCUUCCCCGGCCGAGAUACGACCCCGGGAACAUCGCCCCGUCAACCCGACCACCGUGCACCCGAGGCCGGCUUUGGACCCCGCGACGGACACCCUGGAGCUCGAACCCGGCGCACCGUUUGGUCCCUGCCAUCCCACUCUUAAGCACUCCCCCACCGGACUAAGCCCCAUCCUCCCGGCCCUUCUGGAGAACCAAACAAGUUGCAGUCCAUUUCUUAGACAUGAAUGUGAUGGAAACUCGUAUCUUAAUGGUAUCUGCUACCAGUACAACAGCAGGUUACAGCUGGACUCCAACUUCACCACAGGUUUUCAAGAAUGCACAAAGCAAGAAGUCAAUCUGGUGUUUCUGUUUGAUGGAUCUGAAAGUAUGACAACAGAUCAAUUUAAUUUUAACAAAGAUUUAAUCGUAAAUAUUAUGACAAAACCAUCAAACUCCUCCAUAAAGUUUGCCGCUGUCCAAUUUUCCAAAUUUUUCCGAACUGUGUUUGACUUCAACGACUAUCAGAACAACCUCGCUAAAGAGAAACUCAUGAAAGAGCCGCACAUGUAUGAAAUCACAAACACGCACGGUGCAAUAAAAUACACAUUGGACAAGCUGUUUAAUAAUGUGUCGUCUGGAGUAAACCCCAAUGCUACAAAAGCCAUGGUGAUAAUAACUGAUGGAGACCCAAGUGAUGUUGAUUAUGAUUAUGUCAUUAAGUCAUGUGAUGAACAAAAUAUCCUCCGGUACAUGAUUGGGGUCGGAGAUGUUAACCUAUCAAGACUGAAAUUAAUGGCUUCAGAGCCCAAAGACAACAACACCUUCUACAUUGAUAAUUACAAUAGACUCCUGGGACUCUUUAAUGAUCUGCAAAAAAAGAUCUACAAUAUUAAGGGUUCACAUGAAACAAACAAAAGGAACGAUCGACAGAACUUUGAAUCAGAAUUAUCUCAUAGUGGAUUCAGUGUUGUCUAUCACACUACGGACUCUGUGAUUGUGGGUUCGGUGGGAUCUUAUAACUGGCGUGGAGUUCUGUAUGAAGUCAGAGCAUCUGGAUUCAUAGAGACCGAGAUUAAAGAUCCAGCUGUCAAUAAUUACUCAUACAUGGGUUACUCUGCUGUGAUUGGAAGCAGAGGCAACGUCUCUCUGCUCAUCUCUGGAGCUCCACGUGCUGAACACAAGGGUAUGGUGACGCUCUUUCACCAAAAUAACAACACAUGGACUGUAAAGAAGAACAUCAUAGGAAUUCAGAUCGGGUCGUAUUUUGGAGCGUCUCUGAAUCUGUUAGACAUUGACUCUGAUGGAGAAUCAGAUUUUCUUCUGGUCGGGGCUCCGCUAUAUUACCGCUCUCAGCCGAGGGGAGAAGGGAGGCUCUACAUCUAUACUUUAUCAGAGAAGUCGUUUCUAAAGAUGAUGAACAUGUGCGAGUCAAAUGCAGGCAGAUUUGCUGCGUCUCUAGCAUCACUAAAGGACCUGAAUGGAGACGGGCUGUCAGAUGUGGCGGUCGGAGCACCGCUAGAAGAUGAAGGGACCGGAGUUGUGUACAUCUACCUCGGCGAUAAGAUGCACGGCAUAAACCUGAAAUAUAGUCCUCAGCGGAUCUCAGCGAGGUCAGUUCUGCCGGGUCUGCAGCAGUUUGGAAUCUCUGUGGUGGGUGAGAUGGACAUGAACAAUGAUAAUCUAACAGAUGUUGUAAUUGGAGCACGGGGAGGAAUCGUUCUGUUGAAAGCUCGACCUGUGAUGUUUGUAUCUUCACAACUCAGUUUCAGCCCCAGUAAAAUCAGGUUAAAUGACUUUACCUGUUCGGAUGUGGAUUUGUUUCAUGCGUUCACCCUCACUUCAUGUUUCACUGUGUUCGAGCGAACCAGCAGCACAGGUUCACUGAACAAGGGUCUGAAAAUCUCUUUGAAUAUUAAUCUGGAUGUUGAAAGAGAAAUUAAUCGAGGAUUCUUCAAGCUGCAGAAUUCAAGAUCCAGGAGUCUUCAGAAGUCCAUCCUGCUGGUUUUUAAAGCCUCCUGUUUUAACUUCUCAAUCUUCAUGCCGCGCUGUGUUUUUGACACAGUGACUCCACUGAAGAUUCAAAUGAAUUUCUCACAAACUGAGUUGUCUUCUGAUCAACCAUCAGCUAUUCUAGACAUUCACAGCACGACGGGGAUGUUUGUUGAGGUACCGUUUGAAAGGAGCUGUAACAGUGACAGAUGUGUGCCCGAUCUAAAGCUGAACUUCAGAUUUAUUAAUGAGACCUUACUGGUGGUGAAUCAAGCUUAUUUUAUGGUUCUUAUAACGCUGGCCAACAAAGGAGACAACUCCUAUAAUAACAGCAUAGUGCUGCACUACCCAGAGGGCCUGUCGCUCUCCAAAUUUGAUGCUGUUAAGAGCGACACACGCAGCAGCUGUGGCGAUCGAGAUGGCGGUGCUAUGAAAAGAACCACCUGCAGUAUCAAUCUACCAGGGUAUCGAAGCAAUAUUGAAACUGAGUUUCUAGCAACAUUUCGUGUGACCAAUCGGCACUACGACUGGCCAGAUAUGAUGGACAUCAUCAUCAUUGCCGACAGUGAUAACAACGGUAACACCACUAAUGCCACAGUGAAGAGGAGUAUACCGGUUCAGUUCGUCGUUGACUUGGCUAUCAGUCUGGUGAGUGAAUAUUCUGUCACGUAUCUGAAUCUCUCUCUGGAGGACAGAAGGCCAAAAUCUCUCAGCAUCACCUACAAGGUGGAGAAUCUGGGCCUUAAAUCUCUGCCAGUAUCAGUCACACUCCUAUUGGCCUGUUCAAAAACACAUGUGAUGUUCACACCGGAGAGCUUCGGCAUAAACGAGGUCUUCGGUCUCUCUAAUUUAACACAGUGUAAGAUGAUCAAUGAGAAACAGGAUGGUUACUGUGGGAAGUUUCAGUGUGAUGAAUUCCAUCUGGAGACAUCUGCAGCUGUUAACUUUACUCUGACGGCACAAGCUACGCUUCAAAACAAGUUUGAGUCGAGAUUUUCCUUUCACGAGUUCAGUUAUGUCUUUAACAUCAUUGCCCAUCUGAACUACAACAGAAGCCGCUACAACCAGAUGAUGACCGGUUUAAAGGACGACCCAAGUACAAUUCAGACCACAGUCAGGGUGGAGUUUGUAAUUCUGCCCAGUCGAUUGCUGAUUAUUUGCACGGGUGCUGGAGGCGGACUGAUCUUACUCAUUAUCAUAUUAGUUGUACUGCUGAAGAGUGGUUUCUUUAGGCGCAACCGUCCUGAGGAGUUGAACACAUAUGGAUAUGUGUUAGAAAGCAAAUAUCAAGGUGAUCCUUUCAUGCACAACUUUGAUGAAAAUAGAGAGGAAACGAUGGAUGUAUGGAGAGAAAAGGAGCAGUGGUGGAGAGAUGAACAGCCGUGAUACAGAGAAGAAGACAGGCAAUGAAGAAGAGUUUGAUAGUAAUAGAGCGAUGCAUGUAAGUGAUGAAGAGCAGUGAUAGAGAUAAAGAGCAGUGAUGUAAAGAUGAGGGAAACUGUUGAAGAUGAUUAAAAAUUGUCUGAUAAAGAAAAACUUUGCUUCUGAAGGUCCAAAUACAGAGGAGCAAUAACAAACAUUCUGAUGAAAUGUGAUGUGUCAUGUAGGGUUUUGUGAUGUUUUCAGUGCAUAUUUAGUUUAGUUUGCUUUCUUUCAAAUUAACAGAAUUUAUUAUUUUAAGGUUAAGAUUUUGUUAACCACAUAAGGGUUCAUUACGAAAGGUCUUUAUAUACCCCUGAUAAUAUAGUUUUGUAUAUUAUUUUGCAUUUCUGUCAAGAGAUCCUUCUAAAAAUUACACACUGCACCUUUAAUACGUGUGAGUGUCUGUGUGUGUUUUAUUAUCUGCUUUGUGUGAAUAUUUUGCGCUUAAUAUUAAUAUCAGUAUUAACAGUAUUAAUAUCAGAAGUGUCAGUAAUGUAGGGAAUAAUGCAUUAGACAGGUGAUUUAUUAACCUGUAUUAAGGUCAGAAUAUCUAUGAACACAUUUUUCUUGAUAGAUUUCAAGCAUAUUUUUCCA